UCCACGGUUCUCAGCCUCGGUAACAACACUCGGGGAAUGUAGCCAGUUCGUCCUGCGAAGUUUCCUGUGACACAUUCUUCUCACGGCUCCAGGAGACAUGGAGGCAGCGGAGCUUCCUCUGUAGGGGAGGACAGUAAAGCCCGGUGGAAGCUGAACGUUGGUGUCCCAUAUCCUCGCCCCUUCAUCACUGUGGUUUACACCUGGGACAGACCAUACCACGUUCUUCAAAACCUCCUAUACUAGCUUCAAGCCGCUAUGUCCUAGCUAACAGCAGCCCCACUCCCUUCCCCAAACACCUUGUCCCUUCAAACCCAAUCCCUCUCUCCCCUCCGCUGUCCCACAUCCCCUCUCCUGAUGUGGUAAUUUCUGGUGCUAACACAAGCAUAGCCCCUUCUGGAAUGAUGAGCAGCCUGCACCAGCAACAUCAUGGCAGCACAGGCUCAGAGCGAGAUCUUCAAUCCGCCACCUCCUCUGUCAGCCUCCCUUCCAUUAGAAAGACACCCAAGAAGCGCCGUCUGUCCCUACACACGCUGUUUGGUCGGCGGCGGCGGCCGGACCGCGACCCCAAGCGCAAGUCCAGGCCUCUGCAGACUGCAGCUGGAGUGGACGGUGUUGUCAGCACUGAAAUUGUGCAGUCAGAGACUUUCCAAGAUAAAACCUCAGACCACUCUGCACCAAGCGUAGCGUCAACUUCAUCAGUGUCCGGGUCGACAUCAGAGCUCCUGGAGUGCCCUCUGUGCCUGCUGCGCCAUGGACGUGACCGCUUCCCGGACAUCAUGACCUGUCCCCACCGCUCGUGUGCGGACUGCCUGCGACAGUACCUGCGCAUUGAGAUCUCAGAGUCUCGCGUCAACAUCAGCUGCCCUGAGUGUUCAGAGCGCUACAACCCCCACGACAUCCGCAUGAUCCUGGGAGACAGAGCCCUCAUGGAGAAGUAUGAGGAGUUUAUGCUGAGAAGGUGGCUGGUGGCUGAGCCUGACUGCCGCUGGUGUCCUGCCCCAGACUGUGGCUAUGCAGUCAUUGCGUUUGGCUGCGCCAGCUGCCCAAAGAUCACCUGUGGACGCGAGGGCUGCGGGACGGAGUUCUGCUACCACUGCAAACAGCUGUGGCAUCCCAACCAGACGUGUGAUACAGCACGGCAACAGCGGGCCCAGCACCUCCGGCUGAGGAGUUUCAGGUCCUCGUCCCUCAGCUACAGCCAAGAGAGCGGAGCUGCAGGUGACGACAUCAAACCAUGUCCUCGGUGUGCCGCCUACAUCAUCAAGAUGAAUGAUGGGAGCUGUAAUCACAUGACCUGUGCUGUAUGCGGUUGUGAGUUUUGCUGGCUCUGCAUGAAGGAGAUCUCUGACCUGCACUAUUUAAGUCCGUCAGGCUGCACCUUCUGGGGAAAGAAGCCCUGGAGCAGAAAGAAGAAGAUUCUGUGGCAGCUCGGCACACUGGUCGGAGCUCCUGUGGGUAUCGCCCUUAUUGCCGGCAUCGCCAUCCCUGCAAUGAUCAUUGGCAUCCCAGUCUAUGUGGGCAGAAAGAUCCAUAACCGCUAUGAGGGCAAAGACAUUUCCAAACACAAGAGGAACUUAGUGAUAGCAGGUGGUGUGACGCUGUCUGUGAUCGUGUCGCCUGUGGUUGCUGCCGUCACUGUUGGCAUCGGUGUUCCCAUCAUGCUGGCUUAUGUCUAUGGAGUCGUCCCCAUCUCACUGUGUCGGAGCGGCGGCUGUGGCGUGUCAGCUGGCAACGGCAAAGGGGUGCGAAUCGAGUUUGAUGACGAAAAUGACAACAUAGGCAGUGGAGCUGCAGCCACAGACACGACCUCUGUGGCAGAGACGCGGCUCAACAACCCCAGCCUUGGCGAUGGUGCGAGCGUCGGCGGUCUGACGGGCCUGAGCCUCAGUGUCAGCGGGAGCCACAUGGAGCGCUGUGGCAUGAGCUCCGCUCAGCGUGACAACAUGAGUGACAAUGCCAGCACCACAGCGCUCGCCGGGACCAGCAUCACUGGCAGCCUGUCUGGCAGCUGCUACAACAGGAUGGAGGUGCAGGCUGAUGUCCAGAAGGAGCGCUGCAGUCUGAGCGGAGAGUCGGCCACUGUCAGUCUCGGGACAAUCAGUGACAAUGCGAGCACAAAAGCCAUGGCAGGAUCCAUCCUCAGUGCCUACAUGCCUCUGGAAAGAGAUAAUAGUCUGGAAGUCCAGGCAGACGUGGAGUCCAAACAGGAGAAGGUGAGACACUCCAGCGCCAGCAGUAGCCUGGAUGAAGCUAGCUGUAGCAGUAGUACCACUGGUCUCAAAGGAGCUAGCGGUGGCUCGUGCUCAUGUCCCUCCACCUGCUGCUGCGCUCAGCAAGACAACCCCUGCUGCCCCUCACCUCCCUGGUCGAAGGAACCCUCCACGCUGGGGGGCAAGAAGAGCAAAGGAAAGCUCUGGAAAAAAGCUAGCGGCAGCAAAGGAGAACGAAAAAUGAAUGAAACACAAGGAGAUAUGGAUGCUCAGCUCCUGGAGCAGCGCAGCACCAACUCCUCUGAGUUUGAUUCGCCGUCCCUGAGCGGCAGCCUGCCCUCGGUGGCCGACUCGCACUGUAGCCACUUCUCGUCAGAGCUCAGCUGCUCAGACCCAGAAACCUCAAGACCAGCUCAUCCCCCCUGCUCCGCCCCCAUGGACCCCCACUCUCAUCACGGCGCCACUGCCGCCUUCAUCGACGUCACCCUCACGCCCAUGCCUGAGGUGGAGAACGACCGCCUGGAGCACUAUCCAUCUCAGAGCAGCCACGUGGCCUUCACGCACCGUCUGCUGUCUGCCUCUCCACCCGCUUCUCCAAAAGAGGGAGGCAGCGGGACGUUUCUGUACAUCAGCGAGGAGAGCGUUGGUGCCGCCAUGGACCCUGAGGUGGAAGAGAGCGUGAAAGAGAGCAGAAAUAACACUGCAGCAGAGCCAGUGAGCCCGACGAGGAAGCACUGUAUACAAACAGACAUCUGAAGCAUCGUCACCACUGCUCGCUCAGUUAGCCUUAUCACCUAAUUUCACUCUUAAACCGAAGCAGCCGAUUCUUCUACGGAAGCUGGUGGUCGAUAUUAUUAUACAAUAUUUUUAUCUGCUGCGGAGGCAGAAAUAUUACGUGAAUGUGAGACUGUACAGUUACAGAGACGUUUGAGGUAGAGAGAGAUUUGUGAAUAACAAAGUGAACAGGAGCACAGUAAAGUCAAAGCAGGUUGUUUUGUGCCGUUGAGAGGCACGGUGUGUGAAGCUGGAGCAGCAGGUUCUAUAGGAGGUAGCACUGAAUGUAAGUGGACAGGUGUAAAGCAGGUUAUCAAGGUGGUGAGAUACUACAGGAGGCUGUUAAUCUACCAAGCUAGUCCUUGGAUUAUUUUCUGAAUCCAGCCUCCAGUUUCUAUCUGGAGAGCUUCAGUAAAUAUCUGAUAUUCCUAGUAAACUGAGCUGCUAUUAUAAAAAAAGCAUCACCUUUUCUCCUUCUUCACGCCUGCAAAAAAACCAGGAUUCCCUCCAUGAUUUUUGCUUGAAUCAGGGAGGGAGACGCCAUCACUGUGGUCCACCGCUGUGCCACCGCUUCAUUCUGUGACUUCUUAAUGGUGCGAAACACCACAGGUUAAAGAAUUGUUCGAUCCUCCAUCAAUUCGAGCGUCUAAACCUGAACCUGAGCGGGACCAGUCCGUACAGUAGCAUAUUUUAUUUUUCCAUAAUCAUCUAUAAAGAACUGAUUAUUAUUAUUGCUUUUGUUUUAAAAUGUGACCUGUGUGUUUUAGCUCUGUGUGUUUGCUUUAUUUUCCAUUUUGGGAAAGUUGGUUUUUAAUGUUGAAGCCCUGUGUUGGGUCCAGUAAAACUUUAGUAAAAUCGGGCAGGUAUUAAGUUGAAAGACUCAAACCGUAGCCCUUAAUUUUUAUUUGUAGUUAUUUUUUAGACUGUCUGAAGUGGUAAAAAAUAUUUGUGGUUGCAUCUGUGCAAAUGUAACCAAUUUUUCACUACAUUUAUUUUUCACUGCCACUUUCAUUCGAGAGGUGUAUUCAAAAAAAAAAGUCAAUUUACAUUAUUCCUGAGAAAUGCAAAAAACAAACUUUAUGUAGGUGUAGCAUUUCUUAAACAUCACUUAAACUGGAACACUGUCCAAACAAUAUGUAUUUGCAAUAAUAAAAUGAAGCUUUCAAGAUGUGGCUGAUCAAAGAAACACAUCUACACUUAUUUCCAAAAAAGGUUUCUUGUGCCAUGAGAAACUCUUCUUUAGUAUGAGAGCACAUCCAUCUGUCAGUGGUUUAAUCUUCACUAAUGAAUGUACAGUAAUAAUGUUACAACUUUGAUUCUCCCUUAUUAACAUCUGAAUCAAAAUAUUAUUUUCUAAAUCAGACCUCAUGGUCUUUUCUUAAUGAUUGAUGCAAAUAAUUUUGUAUUUGAUAUUUGUUGGACCUACAGUGCCUUUCAAGGGGGUGAAAAAAUCCUUUGUAUAGUGUUUUUAUUUUCAUCUAAAUUCCUCGUUCUGUGUGUCUUCAAAUGAUAAACAUAAAAAUCAUAAAGAGUAUGAAAAAUUGGAAAAUGUUUGAAAGGGCAUAAAACCUGGUGCUAAAUACCAGAGACUGUGCUCAGACCACUGCAGUGGUGGUAUCUGAACGUUUUCCAUUAAAUCCACUUUAAUACAUGAUGAGUUAAGUCCAUGAGUCAAAAAGAAAAGACACAAGUUGACCUGAUGAUACAGCAUUGGAGUAAAAUCUAGUUUGGGGCAUCACUGUAAAUUUUACCACCAAAAUGUGUUGUUAAUUUUUCGGAACAAUAAUUUGGAGAACAUUUCUCUAAAGUAGCCAAAGUCUCAGAGUUGAUAGAGGCAAUAAAACCUUUUUAACCAAAGCAAUCAGCAGCGUGAGGUUUACUAAACUACAGCUUGUGUUCAGCCGCUGCAGUAAAGAGCUGAUUAUCUCCGCCCCAGCUGCAGGAUAUUCCCACUUUAUUUAUGUUUAUGAAAACCAAUGUUUGAUUCCUGUGAGUUUUAUAUUAUUAUUUGAAGACGAGUGCCAGGUCUAUUUUUCAACUUGGUCAAAAUCAGCGUAUGCUAUUUCGAAAAGUAUAUAUUUCCUAAUUAUUUGCUUUGUAAUGUGCAUGUUAAUGCAUAUUCUUAAACAAUAAAAUCCUCAAUCAAG